AUGCUGAUAUCAGUAUUCCUCGCUCUCUUCCUACCAUGUGCUGGUAUGAGCGCUGUUUUCCUCGUCUACAUUUGCUUGCUGUGCUACGCCGCUCGCCACUACCAUCGGGAUGAUCCGGUAAAACCCGCCACCGAAAAUGGCCUCUCCUCCACCCAACUCGCCAAACUGCCGACCACCAUGGGGAAGGAUCUGGUGUUGGGAACGGAAUGCGCCGUGUGCUUGGAUGAUGUCGAGCCGGAGCAACUUGCUCGGAUGUUUCCCGGUUGCAACCAUGGAUUUCAUGUACAAUGCGCCGAUACUUGGCUCUCGAAGAACCCUGUUUGCCCUGUUUGCCGGAAUAAACUCGACGCCGAUUUCUUUGUUCCUCCUGAAGAAAACCCAUGUUGA